GAGGGAAAAGUGUAACUAUUGUAAGUUGUAACUAACCACCAAUGGCUCUAACUCCAGAAAAUGUUCACUCUGCAACUCAAAACUGUGGCACAGAAAAACUCAAAACCCAGUUUUUCAAUCCCAUGUCGCAGCCUCACCACCUCAACCCCACAGCCGCCUCAAGACUCUUACUUGGCCAACCUCAUCCUCCAAUCCGAUCCACAAACCCUAAGCCAGAUUCUUCACAACCCUAAAAUCGAGUGGACUGCAGAUUUGGUGGACAAGACCCUGAAACGGCUCUGGAACCAUGGGCCUAAAGCCAUCCAAUUCUUUAAAGUCCUUGACCACCACCCCAGCUACACGCACUCUUGCUCUUCCUUCGACCACGCCAUCGACAUUGCUGGCCGUCUGCGCGACUAUAAGGCCCUAUGGACCCUCGUUUCCCGGAUGCGGGCGCGCCGCCUCGGCCCGGGCCCGAGAACUUUUGCUAUCAUCACUGAGAGGUAUGUUGCUGCUGGCAAACCUGAUAGAGCUGUUAAGGUGUUCUUGUCUAUGCAUGAACAUGGCUGUCCUCAGGAUUUGAAUUCCUUUAAUACCAUACUUGAUGUGCUUUGCAAAGCUAAGCGUGUUGAAAAGGCUUAUAAUUUGUUUAAGGUGUUUAGGGGCAAGUUUAAGGCGGAUUGUAUUAGUUAUAAUAUUAUUGCAAAUGGGUGGUGUUUGAUUAAGCGAACCCCCAAGGCUUUGGAGCUUUUGGGGGAGAUGGUGGAGAGGGGAUUGGACCCGAGUUUAACCACGUUUAACAUAAUGCUUAAAGGGUAUUUUAGAGCUGGCCAGAUUAAGGAAGCUUGGGAGUUCUUUUUGCAAAUGAAGAAGAGGAAGUGUGAGAUUGAUGUUGUUACUUACACGACUUUGGUUCAUGGGUUUGGUGUUGUUGGUGAGAUUAAGAAAGCUCGAAAAGUUUUUGAUGAGAUGGUUGGGGAGGGGGUGCUUCCUUCCGUUGCAACUUACAAUGCUUUGAUUCAGGUUUUGUGCAAAAAAGAUAGCGUGGAAAAUGCUGUCUUGGUUUUUGAGGAGAUGAUGAGCAAGGGUUAUGUGCCUAAUGUGACCACUUAUAGUGUGUUGAUUAGAGGAUUGUGUCAUGCGGGUAACAUGGAAAGGGCGAUGGAGUAUAUGGAGAGAAUGAAGGAUGAUGAGUGUGAACCAAAUGUUCAGAUAUAUAAUGUUGUGAUUCGUUACUUUUGUGAUGCUGGAGAGAUUGAAAAAGGGUUAAGUGUGUUUGAGAAGAUGGGUGGUGGAAUUUGCUUGCCUAAUUUGGAUACAUACAACGUUUUGAUUAGUGCCAUGUUUGUGAGGAAGAAACCUGAAGAUCUGUUAGUGGCUGGGAAGUUGUUGAUUGAGAUGGUUAAUAGAGGAUUUUUGCCCCGUAGGUUCACCUUCAAUCGCGUUCUGGAUGGGCUUUUGUUAACAGGUAAUCAAGCUUUUGCAAAAGAGAUUUUGAGAUUGCAGAGCAGAUGUGGCCGACUUCCCCGCCAGGUCAAACUAUAAAUCAUGUAGGAAUUCUGCUUAGAAGAGUUUUCGAUUCCUGCUCAAGUUUGAACACUUGAUCCUGUCUGCAAAACUUCCUAACUUCCUUCUGUGCUGUUUGGGGUUGAAGGUAAUUUCAAGGAUCAGCUGGGCAUAUUUGGUGCAGUUCGAUUGAAAGAGAGAUUUCUGUGCCACCCAACUUGAGGCUUUCACUGCUUUUACAAGCAGAGCACUCACAAAAUGGGUCUGGCUCAAGGGGGUUAUAUAUCUGAUGACCAUAUCUCAUCAUUCUAGUGGAGAUGAAGCAGUGAGUGUGGGAGAGACUUUAACUUGAGCAACAGGCUAAGAACAUGAUGAUCAUUAACUUAGCAAGAAAAGAUGAGAAAGAAAAUCUGGCCA